CUCCUUGUUAAGAUGGCGGCCGGCGGAGCGGACCCGCCGCACAGGGCGGGCGCCUUCAAACAGCAGAACAAGUCGCACAAGGCGGGCAGGCACCGCACCAAGGGCGAGCUGGAGCGGGAGAACAAGGGGAGGGUUUCUGCUAAAGUGAUUUCUAAGAAGCAUCGGAAAGCCCUGAAGAAGCAGGACCGGAGGCAUAGAGCGAUUCAGAUCCGGCGGAACAAGAAAGAGGCAAUGCUCUCAGAGAAGAGAUCCCUUGGGAGCAAGGAUGGGCCUCCUCACCUUGUGGCUGUGGUAUUGUUGCACGCUGGCAUCAGUGUCCAGAAUGUCCUGAAGCUGAUACAGAGCGAUGAGACAGCAAGAGUACAUCAGAGCGAUCAGGACAGUCAGUGCUUUGGCCUUGUCUUCCCGAGGUUCAAACAGAGGUUCUACUUUGUCCGUGCAAAUCCAGGGGAUAUCCACGCAAUACUCGAUAUUGCCAAAGUGGCGGACACCUUGAUGUUUGUCGUUGAUCCUUAUGAGGGAUGGGACAGCUACGGUGACUACAGUCUCUCCUGCAUCUUUGCACAGGGUCUCCCCAACCAUGUGUUCGUAGUUCAGGGAAUUAAUGACCUUCCCAUGAAGAAGCGAACAGACGCCAGGAAGAAUCUGAGCAAGUUACUGGAGAAGCGUUUCCUGGAUGCCAAACUCUUCAACCUGGACACUGAGCAGGAAGCUCUCAGCGUGAUGAGACAUGUGGCCAUGCAGAAACACCGACAUGUGGUCUUCCGGGACAGGCGGGCCUAUCUGCUGGCUCAGCGGGCGGCAUUCGAACCCAGCGACCCCAGUGGGCUCGUGGGGACCCUGAAGGUGUCUGGUUAUGUCAGGGGUCAGACCCUCAACGUGAACAGACUGAUCCAUAUCGUUGGACACGGUGACUUCCAGAUGUGUCAGAUCGAUGCCCCUCCUGACCCUAUCCCUCUGAACACGAGGACUGCCCCGAACCACGUACAGAAAGGAGCGGAUGCUGAGAUGAAUGAUGUCAGUGCUGAGAUGGAAGAGGAUGUGAAAGUGCUGAUGAAGGCAGAUCCCAGCAAACAGGAAUCUCUGGAGUCCGAGGUGGUUCCUGACCCGAUGGAGGGAGAGCAGACGUGGCCGACAGAGGAAGAGCUGCAAGAAGCCGAGGAAGCUAUAAAGGAAACCAAGAAGAUUGUUCGAAAAGUACCAAAGGGCACGUCCGAUUACCAGGCUGCGUGGAUUCUGGAUGACGGAGAGGAGGUGGACGAGGAUGAGGAGAGUGAUGAGGAUAUGGAGGAGGAAAACCUGAUAGAAGAACCACAGGAUAGUGAUGAGAGUGGGGACGAGGAGGAGGCUGAUGAUGAAUGUGAAACAAUGACUGUUGGUGAGAGCGUACGCGAUGAUAAUUACGAUGAGAAGAUCGACGACGAGGAGGAGAGGAAAAUGCUGGAGAAGUACAAGCAGGAGCGAAUGGAGGAAAUGUUUCCUGACGAGAUGGACACUCCCAAGGAUGUUGCUGCACGUGUCAGGUUUCAGAAGUACCGGGGUCUGAAGAGUUUUCGCACAUCCCCUUGGGACCCCAAAGAGAACCUGCCAAGAGAUUAUGCCAGGAUUUUCCAGUUCCAGAAUUUUGCCAGAACGAGAAAGCGAGUCUUCAACGAGAUCACGGAAGAGGAAGACGGGGCCAUGGUUGGCUGGUACGUGACGGUUCAUGUCUGCAAUGUGCCGAUCUCUGUGAUGGAGAGUUUCAAACCUGAGCUGCCCAUAGUCCUCUUCACCAUGCUCCCGCAUGAGCAGAAGAUGUCGGUCAUCAAUUUCUUGCUCAGGAGACACCCAAGCUGCACUGAACCCAUCCAAUCCAAAGAAGAGGUGAUCUUUCACUGUGGCUACAGGAGGUUCCGGGCCCCACCUCUCUAUUCACAACACUCCUCAGCUUAUAAGUUCAAGUAUGAGAGGUUUUUCCCCCCAAACUCCAGUAUCGUGGCAACUGUGUACGCUCCGAUCACCUUCCCCUCUGCCUCCGUGCUGAUGUUCAAAUCCCGAGUCAAUGGCAUGCAAGAUUUGGUAGCAACGGGCUCCCUGCUGAGUGUGGAUCCUGACAGAAUCAUCGUGAAGAGAAUUGUCCUGAGUGGCCAUCCCUUCAAGAUCAUGAAGAAAACCUCUGUGGUCAGAUACAUGUUCUUUAACCGAGAGGAUGUCCUGUGGUUCAAACCAGUGGAACUUCGAACUAAAUGGGGUCGCAGAGGACAUAUCAAGGAGUCUCUAGGUACCCACGGACAUAUGAAAUGCUUGUUUGAUGGACAACUCAAAUCCCAGGACACCGUUCUGAUGAACUUAUACAAAAGGGUUUUCCCAAAGUGGGUGUACGAUCCAUACGUUCCAAAUCCAGUGCCUUGGGAGAAGAACGAAUCCAUUAUAAAUGCAGCGGAAAUUGAUAUAGAUUAGAGUGUGGAAAUGGAUUUCUGAAUCAGUGUGCCAUCUACAUUUCAGUGACUUUGGUUUCUUGCAUGUUACAUGCAGAGUUUCUACAGAGUUCCACCUAUUCACUUUGGUGGAUUAAAUGAAAGAAUCAAUGCCUUGAGACUUGACUUUGAAUUUAAAAUAGAUUCUUUUAUACAGUACUGGCACGAUACUGCAAAAGGUGACUGGCUACCUUAUUACAAAGCAUAGUAGCACCCAUUGGUAGUCAAUAAUGCCAUUACUUAUAUAAGAAUCUCUUACAGCAGUCACAUAGAGUGAAACCGUAUGCAAGCAGACCCUUCAGCCCAAUUAGUCCAAUUCUGAUGGUUUGUGGUUUGUUUUGCAACUUCAUUUUGUGUCUCAUUACAAUAAAAUGUAUCUGAUUAUUCUCCUACCCUAACCUUUAGCUCCCCACCACAGUGAUGUGAUUGGAUCAGGCAGGUCAGUGGAUGACUUCUCCUUUUUCCAGUGUAGAUCUGCUGCAGAAGAUAAGCACAUGGUGAAGAUUUUGCCCAGAUCCACCCUCCUUAUAGCUACAACCAGUCUCUGCUCAGUUAUUUCCCUCUUUACCCCACGUGAUUGGCUGAGAUAAAAGACUUUCCAAUGUGGUGUGGGGGGGUGGUUAUAUAAUCUUAACCUGCAAGGAGCCCUUUCCGGGCAUAUUUCAUGGGGACUGUUACAUCCUGUUCCAAAUCCUAGUCCGCAUUUGACACUCGACUGGAAUCUAGGUUUCAGAAAUGGAACAUUCCCUGCUGUGAACUUCGUGACAAAAUAAAUUGUGUCUUGACGCACAGAUGUUGCGCUAUAUUCA